AUCUUUGUAUUUUAAUCAUCCAACUCAUUUUGGAUGUCACUGUCCCUCCAAUUUCGCUUUUGAUUUAGGGCUUUUCUUUAUAUUAUCAGUCAAUUCUUCAUAUAUUGCUUUCAUUUCUUCGUGGGUUUUCUCUAAUUUUACUCUUUCUCGUCUAUUUUACUUUUAUUUCCCCCCUUUUUCUGGGUUUUUAAGUAAAUUUAUUUCUGGGGUUUAAAUUUGAUUAAUUUCCCAUUUCCUGUGAUCAAUUUUUUGUGGGUUUUCUUUAUUUGCAUUCAACCUGUUUAAAGGUGAAUUUAUAUUCUGAAAAUAAGAUUUUUUUUUUUGGAUAAAUUGAACCGCCCAAUUCAUAUUCACAAUUUGAAGAUUUGUUCUUGAUGGAUGACAACUAUCACCGACGUGGUUAUGUGGCACAUGCUCCGCCUCCCGGCCACUUUGUACGGUUGCACGGAAAAACGAAAGACGAUUUACAUUUGAGAAAACCAACGUCGAGAAUGCGUAAGUGGCUUUGUUGUACUUGCCACGUAGAAGAGUCUUACCCAUCAAAUGAGGAGCCCCUAAAAAGUCCAAGGCACAAUACAGAAAAAAUCCAAAAGAGCCAGAAGUCGUCAACACUUGUAAAGGAAGAUGUUCAAAAGUCAGCACCGCCACCAAUCGAAGUACCUGCCUUGUCUUUGGAGGAGCUUAAGGAAAAAACUGACAACUUUGGAUCAAAAGCAUUAAUAGGAGAAGGUUCCUACGGAAGAGUUUAUUAUGCUACAUUGGAAAAUGGGAAGGCAGUGGCCGUGAAAAAGCUUGACGUUUCCCAAGAACCCGAGUCUAAUGUCGAGUUUUUGACACAGGUUUCUAGAGUCUCACGGCUGAAACAUGAUAACAUUGUUGAGUUGCAAGGCUACUGUGUAGAAGGAAAUAUGCGGGUGUUAGCUUACGAGUUUGCUACCAUGGGAUCCUUGCAUGACAUCUUGCACGGCAGAAAAGGUGUCCAAGGUGCUCAACCUGGUCCAGUGCUUGACUGGAUUCAGCGAGUUAGGAUUGCUGUUGAUGCUGCAAGGGGAUUGGAAUACCUCCAUGAGAAGGUUCAACCUUCGAUUAUACACAGAGAUAUUAGAUCUAGUAAUGUCCUGUUGUUUGAGGACUUCCGAGCCAAGAUUGCCGAUUUUAACCUCUCAAAUCAGGCUCCUGAUAUGGCUGCUCGCCUUCAUUCUACCAGAGUUUUAGGAACUUUUGGCUAUCAUGCACCAGAGUACGCAAUGACCGGACAGUUAACACAAAAGAGUGAUGUGUAUAGUUUUGGCGUGGUUCUUUUGGAACUUCUAACUGGCCGUAAACCUGUGGAUCAUACUAUGCCUCGUGGUCAGCAGAGUCUUGUAACCUGGGCAACUCCGAGGCUGAGUGAAGACAAAGUAAAACAAUGCGUUGACCCUAGAUUGAAGGAUUAUCCUGCAAAGGGUGUUGCUAAGUUGGCCGCAGUUGCAGCACUUUGUGUCCAAUACGAAGGCGAAUUCAGGCCGAACAUGAGCAUUGUCGUUAAAGCACUCCAACCGUUAUUGAAGGCAGCAGCUCCAGCUCCGGAUGCAGCUUAACGCCGAGAAUUACUAUCUAGUUCAUCAUGUGGAUUGUGUUAGUAAUUUCAUAUAAUAUUCAAUGUUUUUUGUUCAUCAGCAUAUUUAUCCAAUUUAUUUUAAUUCAUUCCCAAGUUUGAUGACUUUUGUAUGUGACAUUAUUUGUAUGAAAAUAGAUAGGCCAGUUUGCACAAUUCUUUCAGCAGUCCUUGUUGAUUUUCACAGUUUGUACUAGUGUUUACUUGUUUCGCUAAUCGACUCAUGUAUUAUGAAUUGGAGAAAAAUAAAUUAUGGUCGAUUUAGGCUAAUUUUUGAACCA